CUGGGUUUGCAUGCAUUGAACAAUAAAGUAUAUUUGCAGGGGGCUUGGUUAUACUUAAUCUUUAUAAUGCCCUUGAUAAAUUGCCAUACAAUACUACAGGGCUAACACAAGUUCUCUACAUGUGAAUGAAAGACAUUUGAAUGCAGAGGGAAAUCUUAGAGAGCAAUAGGCUAUUUGGAUUAUUGUUUUGUGCAAGAUGCCGAAUUUAUUCUUAAAUGGAUUGAGUAUGUUUGUCAUGAUAUUGUUUCUUGUGGAUAUCAAAAUGACUAAAGGAGAGAAGAUUUUAAUAAUAUCCAACCAAUGUGGACGAACUUCAAGACUGCAAAACAUGGAAAAAAUGGCUGAUAUUCUUACAGAGGGGGGACAUUCUGUAGCCAUGUUGACAAACAACAAGUUAGGAAAGCCAAGAUUUGAAUCACCACAUAUCAAAACAUUUGAAUAUCCAUUACCUUAUGAUUUUAUACCAUGUGAUCAUCCGAAGGUUGUUGAAAAAAUGCUGGAUGCUUCAAUAUUCACUCUAAUGGAGAUAGCAUCCAAUUACUCACGUGAUAUCACUAAUGGCCUAAUGAGAAGCAAUUUAUUAGAAAAAAUCAAGAAGAUAAACUAUGAUUUACUCAUUGUCGAUUAUGUUGAAAUAUCAGGAAUUGUCACAGCUGGAGUUUUAGAUACACCUACAAUAUUAUAUGCAAAUGAAGGGACUUAUACAGAUCUCAUAACUGGCCCUGUAGGCCACCCUGUCCCAUGGUCAUUCGUUCCCAAUACACUUACAAAGUUCUCGGAUAAAAUGACAUUUAUAGAAAGGAUGCUUAAUUCAGCAGCCCAUCUUGCAAAUGCACUUGCUAUAUAUCCUGCUAUGGGAGAACUAAAGAGACUGAAUGAAGAGUAUAAUUUAAAUAUCCCCAUUGAUCACCAGCGAGUAGAUCUUAUAAUGAGUAACAGUCAUAUUGCAUUGGAAUGCCCAAGACCUCUCAUGCCCAACCAUGUAUACAUUGGUGGUUAUACACUUGAACCACCAAAGCCUCUUCCUAAAAAUAUCAAUGACAUAAUAGCUGACUCACAAUUCAAUGACAUCAUCAUUGUAAGCUUUGGUUCACUUGUGAAAGAUUUGAUGAAUCCUGAAAAAUAUGAAGUUCUUGCUGAAGCAUUUGCAAAACUCCCAUAUACCAUACUAUGGAAACACACUGAGAAGCCACCUGCUACCCUUGGAAAGAACACCCAUUUAAUAACAUGGCUACCACAGAAAGAUUUACUGGGAUAUUCAAAAACAUGCCUCUUUGUGACACAUUGUGGGAGGAGCUCAUACUUGGAGACAAUUUACCAUGGUGUACCAGUUGUUGCCUUGCCGUUAUCCUUUGACCAGCCUAAACAUGCAAAUCUUUUAAGCGACUAUUUACAAAUGGGACUUACAUUGGAUAUUAAUACUCUAGUGGCCGAUGAACUUGAGCAAGCUAUUCUUAAUGUACUUUCUGAUCCAAAAUAUACAGCGAAUGCAAGGAAAGCAAGUGAUUUGUUCAAAGAUAAUCCUGUGUCUCCUAGAGAAACAUUGCUAUACUGGGUGAAUUACGUUACUAAACAUGAUGGAGCUGAUCAUUUGAAAUCCCAGGGAAUAAGAAAUCUCUCAUGGUAUCAGUAUUUCUUGUUGGAUAUCAUUGGACUUGUACUUCUAACUUUGGUUAUACUUGCUAUUGUUUGUUUCUAUUUAUGCCGAUUCAUGAUAAGAUGCUUCAAGUCCUGGCAUAAAAGGAAACAAGAUUGAUGAUAAGCUUUUUGAAUGGAAUAACAUGCAUUGUCAGUGCAGAAAGGACCUUAUACACCCUCCAUUGGGAUCUCCCCAUGGGAAAAAAAUAAUUCAUCUGAUUUUUCAAAAUGAGUAUUCUGCUUCAAUUAUUACAUUUAUAUGCACACUAGUAUCUUGUUGACCUAUAUUCAGCACUGUAUUGAUGUAUAGGCCACUUAUUAGGGUCAUAAUUCAAUCAUGAAGUGUAGAGGCAUAGAUUCCAAACCAGGAAGUAUUUUUGUGCCUGUCAAAAUCCAU